ACUCAGCAGCCGUUCCCCUCCUUGCACUGGAGCAGCAGCGCAGGCAGACGGUGCCCUCGGAUGUCAGACCCUUCUUUGCACGGCGGAGACGGGCAGUGAGAGACGCUGCUACAGGCAAAGCUCCACUUCACGGCACCAGGGGAGGAUGUGGGCUUACACCGUGGGUUUCACUGUCCUGCCUCACGUCGGGGGGUUCCUCGGCUGGUUCAUCAACAGGAAGGAAACUCCAGUUUGGUACGAGAAGCUGAAGAAGCCGUCAUGGUGCCCACCACGCAGGAUGUUCCCUGUGGCUUGGACUGUCCUGUACACCGGCAUGGGCUACGCCUCCUACCUGAUAUGGAAUGACCUGGGUGGCUGCAGCAGCAAAGCCAUCAUCCCGCUUGGCCUCUAUGGGGCUCAGCUGGCCUUGAACUGGGCUUGGCCUCCCUUCUUCUUCGGUGCACGUAACCUGAAGAUGGCGCUGAUUGACAUCCUGUGCUUAGACAGCCUGGCCAUCGGCACCGUGUGCUCCUGGUACCGCAUCAACAAGGUGGCAGCGCUGCUGAUGGUGCCCUACCUGGGCUGGCUGGCCAUGGCAACCUGCCUCACCAUCCGCAUCUGGAAGGACAACCCUGAGCAAAAGACAGGGAAGAGCGAAUAAGAGCAGGACCGAAAUGAAGGGAUUGUGUGAAACUAAACUACACCAGGAUCUAAUAAUUCGGGGGAUUUACUUUCGGAUAGGCAGAACACACCUCCUCCCACCUUCAUCAUGGUUGUAUGAAGGAGAGGUUUCCACCAGACACCUGUGUGCUCCUGGAGAGCAAUCCUGCAUCUUCCGGAACUUUCUUUCCACCAUUGCUGAGGUUUGGGGGCCUCAAUUUAAUUUAUGGGGGGAAAAGUGGUUGGGAAUCUUCUUUCUGUCAGCUGGCUGUAGAUUAAGGUGUGUGGGUUUAUUUGCAAAGGUCUGGGAAUGUAAAAUAAAUUGUAUUUGCUUGCAAUAAAAUGGAGAAUAAAUAAA